CAGUUGGUCUCUUUGCUUUUGCACCCAUUCUAGACGCCGCCGUGUAGGCCUCUUUCCCUUCUUACAUUUCUCCGUUGACUGAUCUCUUCACUUCCACGACCUCUCUUGCAACUUCCCUCCUGCUUCUCUUACAUAUAGAAACCUCUCACAUUCUUCAAAAGAUCACAUUUCCAAAUUUUCUCUAUCUAUUUACAUUUUUUCUCAGUUUCAAGAACUCUACACAUUUUGGUACAGCUAUUUGAUGAAACCCUUUUGAGUUCUUGGAUAAAGAUCGAAUCUUUGAAGAAACCCUUUCGAAAUCUCGGGUCCCUUCACAAAAAAGACUCAAUCUUUCCUCAAUUUUUCGAAAAAUGGCCGAAGCGGCGGAGCUAAGCAGCGGCAAGAUCGGAGACGAGGGAGUGAUUGAGCUGACGGGGAAGAUAAUGGUGGUGGCGAUAGUCCUCCUCUUCUUCGUGGUGGUGUUCGUCUUCUGCCUCCACCUCUACGCCAGGAGGUACUGGUACCGCCGCCAAGAAAGCACCACAGCCACCGCCACGCGGCGGCGCCACCUCGAAUUCGCGGCGGGCCACCACGAGGCGGCGGCGGCCUCCGCCCUCCGCCGCGGAUUGGACCCUUCGCUGCUCAAAAACAUACCCAUCACGGUGUUCGACCCGAAAGAGUUCAAAGAGGGCUUGGAAUGCGCUGUGUGUCUGUGUGAAGUCUCUGAGGGUGAAAAGGCAAGACUUUUGCCCAAAUGCAACCAUGGAUUCCAUGUGGAUUGCAUUGACAUGUGGUUUCAGUCCCACUCCACUUGCCCUCUCUGCAGAAACCCCGUGGCGAAAUCCGAGGAAUUCGCCACGGAUGGGGAGGGUGUGGUUCAAGAUCCAGCGGUGGAGGAUUCAGUUGCAAUUGUGAUACCUAAUUUCCCAACCAAUGUGUUGAUUUGGGGGAAUGAGACUCAAGUUAGCACCUUUGCCCCUUGUGUGGAAGAGGGCCAUCAAGGCAAUGGAGAGACCUCGACCUCAUCCUCCUCGUCCUCGUCCUCAGCCCCCUCUCACGAGGGAGCUGAGGAGGACGAGCAGAAAUCCACGGUCCCAACGAGGCUGAGGUCGUUGAAGAGGCUGCUUAGUGGCAAUAGAAGGGUGAAUCCUUCAACACCAAGAAAUCUUGAUCUUGAACAAGGAGUAAGAGGGUUGAGUUGAUUGAUUUAGAUUUGGUUUUAUGUUCACAUUAGACGUAUUAGGCUUUUUCACUAUGGUUAUGGUUCAAAAAGUUUGAGCUAUGAUUUGCUUAUAGAGAUGAUUGAGAGGUUGUGAGAUGGAUUAUUUGUUAGAUGUUCUUUGAUUCUUGAUGGAGAUGAGUUAGUUGUUUUCUUGCAGCAUAUAUGAAUUGGGAUAUGCUUAAUUUGUUGUAUAAAGAUAUAGGUUAGAUUCUCUAUUGAGAAAUCUUGCAUAGUUUGUCAAUGUAAUAGCUAUGUAUUCAAGAGGUUAUUAUACUAUAGUAUAUAUCAAGAUUUUUAAAGUUUGA